AGCAGAGAGCCCACCAGCUUAAUUACAAACCUUUCUCGCAUUCCACUCUUGGAAGUCGACCCUCACUACUUCUAGCUUUAGCUCCUCCCUGCCCAUCCUCUUACCUGGCCGCAACACACAGCAGGGAAAUUCUUCAGAGCCGGCCGGGUUCAGUUAAAUUCUUCAGAGCCCAUCCUCGCAGUUUUAGGCUGGUCGAUCGAUCAUGGAGAUGACCGGGGCCAAGAACGGCGGCGGCGGGCAGGAAUGGCGGGUGACGGUGCCAGAGGGGGCGUCGGUGACGGUGGAGCACGAGGCCUGCCUGGCCGCACGGGCGUGGGCGUGGCUGGCAUCCUGCGUGGCCAUGCUGGGCGCCAAGGUUUGUGGCUUGGGCGAGCGGGUCUGGAAGAUCGGCGCCGACGACCCGAGGCGGGCGGUGCACGGACUCAAGGUGGGCCUCGCGCUCGCGCUGGUCUCCGUGUUCUACUACACCAGGCCCUUGUACGACGGCGUUGGUGGCGCUGCUAUGUGGGCCAUCAUGACCGUCGUCGUCAUCUUCGAGUACACCGUUGGCGGUUGUGUGUACAAGGGGUUCAACCGAGCCGCCGCGACAGUCAGCGCCGGGGCCAUUGCGCUGGGUGUGCACUGGAUCGCGAGCCACGCCGGCCACACGUUCGAGCCCUUCAUCCGCAGCGGCUCAGUUUUUCUGCUCGCUUCCUUGGCGACGUUCUCGCGGUUCAUCCCGACGGUGAAGGCGCGGUUCGACUACGGCGUGACCAUCUUCAUCCUGACCUACAGCCUGGUGGCGGUAUCCGGCUACCGCGUGAGCACGGUCCUGGCGAUGGCGCAGCAGCGGGUGUGCACCGUCGGCAUCGGGAUCUCCAUGUGCCUCUCGGUCGCUACGUUCGUCUGCCCGGUCUGGGCAGGACAGGAGCUGCACGGCCUCACCGCGCGCAACAUGAGCAACCUCGCGGGCGCCGUCGAGGCCUGCGUCGAGGACUACUUCGCGGAAGGAACGGAUCAAUACAAACAACACUCUUCCUCCGCGGCGAAGGCGGAAGGUUACAAGUGCGUGCUGGGGUCCAAGGCGUCCGAGGACGCGCAGGCGAACCUGGCGCGUUGGGAGCCCGCGCACGGGAGGUUCGGCUUCCGGCACCCCUACGAGCAGUACAAGAGCGUGGGCGCCGCGAUGCGCCGCUGCGCAUACUGCGUGGAGGCCCUCCGCGGGUGCGUCCGCUCAUCCGGCUACUCGGAAGAAUCGACGCAGGCGCCAGAGGAUGAUGAUCAGCACGCGGUGAAGCGGCAUCUCGCGGGCGCGUGCACGAGCGUGGCGCAGCAGUGCGCGAGGGUGAUGAGGGAAGCCGCGGGGUCCGUGGGCGCGAUGGAGAUCUCCCGGAUCGGCAUGGAGCUCGCCGUGGCCGAGAUGAACGCUGCCGUGCAGGAGCUGCAGUGCGACCUGAGGGCGCUCCCGUCUAAGCUGGCGGCUGAGGGGAAGGAGGAAGAGGAGUCGGCGGUGAUGGACGCGGUGCAGCUCUUCACGGUCACUUCGUUGCUGAUCGAGGUGUCCGCCAGGGUCGAGGGCGUCGUGGAGGCGGUCGAAACGCUUGCCUGCCUCGCGGGCUUCAGAUCGCUAGACGUGAAGGCUGAAGCUUCGGAUGGAAUGGAUGCCAAGGUGCAAGAUUACGUGCAGGUUUGAUCGGAUUCAGAUCGGAGUUUAAUCGAUCCCUGCAUGCAGUGACCAGCCAGAUGAGUCGAGCCGGCAGAUUAAACUGGUUCCACGAUGGCGAUGCUGGCAUGUUCGGAUCGACCGAGUUCAUAUUCAGUCAUAUUCUUUACCGGGUUACUGCUCCCGGUCUGUCAUGUCAAUUCAGCGGAGCAACAAGCACACAACAGAUACCCACAGUGGCCGAGUUGUAUUAGAGCGGUGAAUAAGAAAAAGUGAAUCCUUGGGCCCAAGUCCUUGAAUAUUUACAA